GCACUACAAAUCCUUUUCACCUAUUCUCUAUACACUGGGAAUUAUGAGAUCUGCUACUGUGAUUGCGGCAUAAUUACUUUUUGUGAUUCUCACGUUCUACUUAGAACUUACCAACAGAAUACAACCUCAAUAGUUCAUUAGUUAAAUGAUUGUUCAUGUUGUUUGUGGAGAGCGCAACACGCUCACAUUAGGCGGGAAGACGAAGUGUGCAAAGUGGUCUGUGGUUGGUGACCUGCCAUCUGCUCCUCAUUCAUCCAUUACGUGUGUUUUGUUGACACUAGUUUAGAAAAGAACAAUCAUGCUCAUGGAUAUUUUUAUAGAGACACUUACUGGAUUGUCUUUUGAGCUUCACGUAUCUCCAGCCGAAACAAUUAUGUCGGUGAAGUCCAAGAUACAAAGAGCCGAAGGUAUUCCAAUAAUUCAGCAGCAUCUUAUUUGGCAAAAUGAUGAACUCGAUGAUCACCGCCGCUUAAGAGACUACUCCAUAACUCAAGGGUCUACAUUACGUUUAGUUUUGGGUCUCCGGGGUGGCCCCCUUAAUGCUCACCGAAUACCACCUUUACGCCUGGCACCUAUUCAUCUGUCACAAACUGCUUUGCCACGAUUCCCCUCAAGGUUUGGCUAUACCUGCAGCAAUGGUUUCAUGCAUCCUAGCAUAUUAACCCCUCCAAUGAAACCAAAUUCGCUGCAAUCGCAAAAUACAAAUUCUAGAGGAGUUUGUAAUCCGUUCCUGAGAAAAUCGGAGAGGAUUUCACAGAAAGCUGACACCGAACGUUUUAAACUUAGUGAAACCAAAGGUGAUAAUCUUCCAAUCAUUGAUUGUGCGCCGAAAUUGGAACCUAUUGAAGUCUCAGCGAACGCACGGCUGAGAAAUAGUGCCACUUCGUCUGAUUCGACAUUGAAAACGAAGGAAAGUGGAAUUGAUCCCUCAACUGAUUUUCAAAUUUCUUCUGUUAAUACAAAUACCUCGAUAGAUCCUGAAUCAAAUGAACACAACUCAAACAGUGGAAAUAAUACUCUCCAAGCAAGCGAAGAAGCAGUUUCGAUGGCGAUUACAAGUCAGGAUACUAUAGACGCAUUUAGCAGUAUAGAGGCGACUUGCAGUGUAACUGGUUGUGAAAGGAGUACUCCUGAGGUUUUAACUAGAACACCAGAUAAUUCAACUCUUCCGAUCGUUUGCCACAACUCAGAGGCUAAACCUUACUCAUUUUCGCCUACACAUAAGGAAGAAUUUUCCGAUUCCCCACCACUUCUGUCUUUGGUUCGUUCAUCGGAAAAAUACUAUCCUGUUUUUGAGGCAGCUGAGCUUCCAUCUCUUUGUCAAUUGUUUGAAACUCAUGAUAAUUCUGUUCUUACCAGCGGAAAGCACUCGACAGCCGAAAUUUCCGAAGGCAUUAAUACAGCUAAGGAGAGUGACAAUGAGAACGCCACGGACUUAAUUGAAGUGCGUGAGUUCGACCUUCUAGAUGAUGGUGAUAGUGAGAAAUCGAAGUCGACUACUGCAACAUUCCUUGCUAAUCUGCUAGCCAAGGUUAUUCCUAGUCAGAGAAGGUGUACCGAUUAUAGGGGACGACUACGUUAUCCGUGCCAGGGGCUCUCAAAAGCACCCCCUUUAUUAGAAGAAGAUGAAGAACAAAAUUCCUUUGCGAAUUCUGGAUUUUUCGAUGGUCACUGGCCUGAUGAAGAUCCCGAUGCCUUUGCUGCGAAUGUCUUUGAGGCUGAUACUGAUCGGGAUGAAGAUGAUGGAGAUGAUGAUGAUUCUAAACGGUCGUAUUCUAGCGUCUUGGAACAAGAUGAUAAUCUAGCUGAGUUAGAGGAUCACUUACUUCACCACCAACAGGUAGAAGAACUCUAUGGCUCGCCGUUAAUAUCUUCUGGUUAUCCGCCAUGCUCUAAUUACACUUUUCGGGGUCCUUUGGGGGUCAAACAGUGUGAUUCUCGUGGUAAUCUUGAUAGCGUUGAAAGUGGAACCACGGGAUUAUAUGGUGCAAACCAUGCAGCCAUUUUUUCAUGGUAUCGAGAGUGUAGUCAGUUAGCAGAAAAGGUGAAUAACCUGAAAACAGAAAUGAAGAACGUACGCAUAAGAAGACAAGGUCUACAUCAAAAUGACAAAGAGAUAGUAUGUGUUACGUGCGAAGAAGGUUCUCCAAAUGAAGACCAGUCAUCAGAUGCUUUUGAACAAGGAGAAAGUUCUAAAGAAGAUGAUAAAAAUUUUUUUAUGGACGAAGACUCCCCUCCAUUACCACCACUCGUUCAAAGAAUUGUGUCGGAUGCUUGGAAAGCGUGUAUAGAAUCACAAACUACAAGAUCACCUCCGGAAGGUAUCGGGAAUAGGAUUCGUCAACGCCGUUAUGCUACUGUUACUCCACCAGACGUUAACUUUCUUAUAAAAACAAAUAACUCCCAGGACAAGUGCUCUGUGACCAAUGAUUCUACUGUACCCUGUGUUCCUGAUUCGGAAGGUAUUCCACGAAAUUUAGAGAAUAAUAAUCCUCAUUCGUCUCCUCGAUUGACUGGUGGAUACUGGUCUCCGAGCAAAAACCAUGCGUCUGCUUAUUUGAACAAAGAGCUUAAACAAUGCUGCGGUUCUGUAAAGCAAAGCCUAUUGCCUUCUGUAGAUUCCCUUCAGUGUAAUAAAACACUGAAACCGGUUACUUCUCAUUCUCUCAGUCCAAUCGUCAACUGUCUAAGUGUCUUGAAAGUGACUGCAGAUGAGCUAAAACCUCAUUCUUCACCUCCAACAUUCUUACCGAAUCUUGGAAAUCCAGCUUCAAUGGGUCGUCUGACUACAGUUAAUUCAUCUCUGUUCUCAAAGGGCGAAAAUCCAGCAGCAUCUAAUGGCUAUGUCAAUUGUGAUCCUAAGCUAUCAGACUCGUUAUCUUCACAUACUGUUCCAUCGAGUAAAACGGAAGGAUUUCGUCCUCCAUCUCCUAAUUCUACUCGAUGCAAACGGUGUGCUCUUUGCCUGCGAAAGAUAGGACUCGCAAACAAUUAUACUUGCCGCUGCGGUCGAAGUUUCUGUUCACGUCACCGUUACGCUGAGGUCCAUGCCUGUCCAUAUGAUUACAAAGCUGAAGCACGUCGUUUUCUUAUUGAAUCAAAUCCGGCUAUUACUGCACCUAAGUUUCCGAAGAUUUAAUCUUUUUCACUGCUAUCAUAAACGCUUCAGUCAUUAAGCUAAUACGUGAUCAAGUCCUUCCUCCAAUUCUCCUUUCUAUCUACAUUUCUUAACUCUUCUUAAAUCUACCUAUAGGUGGAUGCAUGUUGUUCUUUUUCUUUACUGUUCUAUAAAAUUUCCAAUACAUUCUGUCUACAUUCCAUGUCGCUGACAAUCCGGUAACUGAAUUCUUCUUACCAAACAAAAACUAGUCAAAGGAAAUACCGAUCUACUGUUUCUGCUAUUACAGUUAUAAUUACUACUACUAAAGCUAGUCAGUAUUUCAGCAUAUCACAUCCACUUUUUGUUUUCUUAAUGACUUUAAGUCAUAUUCUGUCUAUGAAUAAAAAAAAAACUUAUUACAAUAAAAUAAAAAUUUGGAUUCAAAGUUCCGUGCACUUCAUCUUGUGAACUAUGAUGGACUAUGAUUAAGCAUGAGAUGCACAUUUUCCUUACUUGAUGUAUUACUUAGGAGUAUUUACAAACCACACAAAAUAACAGUAAUGUAUGCAUACUAAGUAGGAGGAUGUAGAACAGUUUAGGUUAUUAAAGUUGAAAGUGUAUUUUCCACCGCUCUGUGGUCACACAUAUUCACAUAAUAGUUGCAAAAUAUUUCGGUAGGUAUUUGUCUUUCAAUUUUUUAUUUAGAAAAUCUUGACUUUGGUUGAAUUCUUAUUGCUUUUUUCAUUAUUGUAUUAUGUUUAUCACCGUUAGUGUUGGUUUUCCUUUUUUUCCAUCUUCAUUCUUGAAGUGCAUAUGAGUUCACCACCACAAAUUGUUUCAGCAUUCUGAGUGUUGCGAACACACAUGUAGUUAAAAAUCUGCGUACACACGUCUUGUGAUGUGUAAGGUACAGACAGCAUUAGCCUUGGUUAGGCCAUAUUUUCUCAUUUCUAAAAUGUUUGUGUAUCUACUGAUGUAUAAAAACAGUUGAGUUCAGUUAAAUCUGUUGUCCGCCUGUUUCUUCUCUUUGUUAACAUAUUACUUAGUAACAUAUUACUUAGUUUGUGUGAGUGUAACUGUCAUAUUUGAUGAUUUUGUGUUAAUAUUCAAGGAGUUUACUAUACACAAUCGUUAUGCUCCAAAUGUUUACUGAGUUGAUUAUCUAUACUUAAAAAGUGAGAUAUUUCUUAACAUGAAUAUAUAUAUAUAUUCAAUUCGUUAAGAAUCUUCAUGGGUUUGAUAUUUUUCGUUUUUCCACUCAUCCUGGAGUGAAAUGUUAGUAAAACGGUUUAGGUUAUACCUUAUAUAGUUCGAUAUAUGCCUGAGUUACUUCUAUAUGUAUUAGUGGAACUACAGUAAUACUGUAGUUAGACCAUUCCUGAAAAAUGGAA